CAUAGUUCAUAGUGUUGAUUACAGUAGGUUUACAGUAGGUCAUAGGUCAUAGUGUUGAUUACAGUAGGUCAUAGGUCAUAGUGCUGAUUACAGUAGGUUUACAGUAGGUCAUAGGUCAUAGUGUUGAUUACAGUAGGUCAUAGGUCAUAGUGCUGAUUACGGUAGGUUUACAGUAGGUCAUAGGUCAUAGUGUUGAUUACAGUAGGUCAUAGGUCAUAGUGUUGAUUACAGUAGGUCAUAGGUCAUAGUGCUGAUUACAGUAGGUCAUAGGUCAUAGUGUUCAUUACAGUAGGUCAUAGGUCAUAGUGCUGAUUACAGUAGGUUUACACUAGGUCAUAGGUCAUAGUGUUGAUUACAGUAGGUCAUAGGUCAUAGUGUUGAUUACAGUAGGUCAUAGGUCAUAGUGCUGAUUACAGUAGGUUUACAGUAGGUCAUAGGUCAUAGUGUUGAUUACAGUAGGUCAUAGGUCAUAGUGCUGAUUACAGUAGGUUUACAGUAGGUCAUAGGUCAUAGUGUUGAUUACAGUAGGUCAUAGGUCAUAGUGCUGAUUACAGUAGGUUUACAGUAGGUCAUAGAUCAUAGUAUUGAUUACAGUAGGUCAUAGGUCAUAGUGCUGAUUACAGUAGGUCAUAGGUCAUAGUGCUGAUUACAGUAGGUCAUAGGUCAUAGUGCUGAUUACAGUAGGUCAUGGAGUGUUGUGCAGAUUUAAAGUGAAACUUGAUGUUGUGCUGUUUUAGGGUGGUGUGAUGAAGUGGAGUUACUGCUCUCACUGUUAUCACAGUUGAUUAUUAUUCCGCUGAUACCGCAGCACAGCAGAGUGUCUGUUUAUUAGCAGUUUGUAAUGUUCUGGUUCACAAGCGCUGACCUGACACUGGAGACUCCUUCCAUAAAUGUUUCAUAAACAUCUCCUUACAGAAAACGUCACCGUGUUUACUUAUAGAUCGGCAGUUUUUUUAAAAAAAAUGCUUAUUACAAUUUUAUUGUUUAUUGUUACUAUAGAAAGGAGAAGGUAUUAGAACGAGGGCAUUGACCAAUCCGAAUCCCCGCACCCCACUAUGAGAACCGAGGCUCUGAUCCGUCUGUGGUGAACAGUAAGUCAUUUUCUGCACUCAGCUAGCAGAAUACAAAUGAAAUGGUAUGACGAGAGCUGAAAGUGUUGCUACGCUGCAUUGCCCACACUCGCACUGUGUUAUGCGAGUGUGUGUAAGUGUGUGUGUGUGUGUGUGUGUGUGUGUGUGUGUGUGUGGUGCUGCACGUCAGGAGUGUAAUGAGCUUUUCGGCAUUAUGCUGAUGACGGCUCUUUCUCAGGGCUUUGCUAUAGUGAUGCAGGGCUGUGUGUGUGUGUGUGUGUGUGUGUGCAGAUAAGAUUCAGAUGAUGUACCCUCGGUAUCUGUCUUCUCCCCUCUCUGCAGUAGAAACCCUGCGUCCACAGCGAGCAUUCACGUUAGAGGUCACAUUGCUGAGAGAAAGCGGCGAAGUCAGCAGUCUGACUGGAAGGAGAUGUCCUUCCUUACAAACACACUCUUCAGCUGAUCGGAGUCUGAAUCGGAUUCCCCACCUGGCACAGGAUGGCAUCAUCUGCCCGCCAGUACGGACGCUCGGCCAGGGACAUCGCCAGCGUGAUGCAGAGGCUGCAGGACGAACAGGAGGCUGUACAGAAGCGGACUUUUACCAAAUGGAUCAACUCCCAUCUGGCAAAGCGUGACCCGCCCCUGGUGGUGACGGACCUGUACGAGGACAUUAAGGAUGGCGUGAUGCUGUUAGCACUUCUGGAAGUGUUGUCCGGACACAAACUGCCGUGUGAGCACGGCCGCAAGCUCAGAAGGAUCCACUGGCUGGCCAACGUGGGAACGGCGCUGCACUUCCUCGAGGGCAGGAGGUCUGUGUACAGAGGAUCUCCGAUCAAACUGGUGAACAUCAACACCACGGAUGUUGUAGACGGCAGGCCAUCGAUUGUCCUGGGCUUGAUCUGGACCAUCAUAUUAUAUUUCCAGAUUGAGGAACUCACCAGCACACUACCGUCUCAGAAUGUACAGACUAGCAGCACGUCCUCGGUGGACAGCUCCAACAGCACAGAUGCGACCAGCCCACCUGUCAAACGCAAGCCACGCCUCUCCUUCCAGGGCGGAGCCAAGAAGGCUCUGCUUAAAUGGGUUCAGAAAACCGCUACCAAGAGACUGGGUCUGGACGUCAGGGAUUUCGGUCCUAGCUGGCGUUCCGGUGUAGCGUUCCACGCCGUCAUCUUCGCUUUGCGUCCUCAGCUGGUGGACAUGGAGCGCGUGUGGAACCGACCCAACAGAGCCAACCUGGAGGAGGCGUUCUCACUGGCCGAGAGAGAGCUGGGCAUCCCGCGCUUGCUCGACCCGGAGGACGUGGACGUCGAUAAACCGGACGAGAAGUCCAUCAUGACGUACGUGGCUCAGUUCCUGAAGCAUCAUCCGGACUCCGCGGAGACUGACAGCGUCAGACACGAGGAGGAGCGUGAACAGAGGAACGUUCUGAGGGAGCUGAAGGUCUGGGCCGAUCAGAUGGACAGGGACUGCGCUGAGGCUCAGACGGACGCCGGAGAUCUCAGUCAGCAGUACCAGGUCUUUAAGCAUUACCGUGUGCAGUAUGAGUGCAGGAGGAGACAAGUGGAGUCCUGCAUUCAGUCCACUCAGAAGGACGGCAUGCUCACUUCAGACCAAGCUCUGGUUAAGCAGGCCUGGGACAGAUUGUCUGCUAGGCUCCUGGAGUGGCAUGUGCAGAUGGAUGGUGGGUUGCCAGAUCCUCUGGGUUGUGUAGGUGUGUGGCUGCAUCAGGCAGAGAAGAUCCUUCGAGAGGAGCUGGUUCUUCAGCAGAGCCACGAGGAGACCGCCAAUGCCAUCCACCGAACACGGCAGCUCCAUCAGGAGGUCCUCCGCCUCGUUGAAAUGCACCAGCAGACCUUCCAGCGCGUCCACAGGGACCGGAGCGUCGGCGGCGUUCCUGUACCAGCCGAGCAGCUCCAAGACAUGGCGGAGAGGUUGAACUACAUAUCUACCUCCUCACACAUUCAUCUGAGCAAACUGGAAUUCUGGGAGUGGAGGUUCCGCAUGCUGGACUUCCUGUCGCUGGGCGAAUCCAAGCUGAAGUCCUGGAUAGUUAAAUAUGGACGACGAGAAACAACCGAGCUUCUGCUCCAGAGCUACAUGUCAUUUGUCGAAGGUGAGCACUUUUUCCAAAAGUACGACUCCAUCUACGAGGCUCUAAAGCAGUCCGCCUUGCUUUACAUCGGCGCCGACACUUCAGUUGAGAAGAGGGUGAAGCGCUUCCUGAGGGACGUGGCUGAUCAGUGGAGGAGUCUGGCUGUGGAGGUGCGCAGCGUCAGGUCCAUGCUGGAGGAGGUGCAGGGGAACUGGGAGAAGUACAGCGGCUGCGUGGCGUCUCUGCAGGCCUGGCUGGAGGACGCCGAACGAUCGCUGAGACAGCCAGAGAACACUAAACGAGAGUUCUUCAGGACUCUUCCACACUGGAUGGAGAAUCACGCCGGCAUGAACGCCGCAGGAAAUUUCCUCAUCGAGACGUGUGAUGAAACCGUGGCUCGUGACCUGAAGCACCAGCUGCUGCUCCUCAACGGGAGAUGGAGAGAUUUAUUCAGUAAAGCCAAACAGUACACUCGCGUUCACGAGACUCCGACUCACAGCGAGACCGAGCUGCAGGACGCCGUCAAGGCUCUCCGAGACUUUUUAGAGACUUCCACAGCCAAACUUUCCUCACCUGUCCAGGUGUCGCUACCGGACGUCAGAACGUUCAUGAGGAAUGUUCAGGAGCUCAAGCACAGGCUUCCAGCGAUGGAGGUGAGAUAUAAAGCGGCCGCUCGCACGGCUCAGCUCUGGACCAGAGACCCCGGCAGUGGGGAUGGAAAGCAAGUUCUCGCUACUAUGGCGGCGAUUAAAGGGCAGCUAUACAAGUUGAAGGAGAAAUGUCCGCUGGUGCUGAGAGAGUGUCACACUGUACUUCCUGUGUUAGAAGAGCUGGAGGGACAAAUCUCAACUUUCUAUCAGAUAGCUGAUCACGCAGGUCACAUCAUCGCUCAGCAGCACGACCAGCAUAAAAACCAGGAGCUGCUGUCGCAGCAGCAGAGCUGUAAGCGGUGUGUGUGCGCGGUGGAGCGCAGUUAUCUGGCCCUGCAGAGGGCGCUGUGCUGCACGAAGACUCUCUACAACUUCGACGCGUCUCUCCUGCAGAACAGAGUCACCGAGCUCCAGACCACCUCCCAGGCCCUGAUGCAGGAGGCGUUGGAGUGGAGGAGGGUCGCGGAGGCUAACGGUAACCUGACACGCCGCUUCGAGGAGACUCGCGCCGAGCUGGAGAAGACGCUGAGGGUGGGCCAGGCGUGUCUGAUAGAGAGAGGAGACCCUGCUGAGCUCUUCAGCAAACACAGCGACUUUUUUAGCCGACUGGACCAGCGAGUGUUGAACGCGUACCUGAAGGCGUGCGAUGACCUCACCGACAUCUUACCCGAGGAGGAACAGCAGCGUCUACAGGAGUCCGUCAGGAGGCUGCACAAACAGUGGAAGGACAUCCAGGCCGAAGCGCCGGCUCACCUGAUGAGGCUGAGAGCGGAGGCGGAGAGGCGCUUAGUGAUGACAUCACUGCAGGAGUGCAGGGCGGAGCUGCAGAGAGAGGAGAAGAUGCUGGCUACAGCCGGCAGUGAGAGAGUGAUCCGAGAACACAGGGCUUUUUUCCGAAACAAGAACCCUAUUUCUGCGUGCGAGAGGAGACUGAAGACGAUGGAGCAGCUCUGCCAGAAACUUCCGGAAAACGACGCGACGCAGAAAGCCCUACCGGAGACCAGAGAUAGCGUAUCGGAGGUCAAAGGCGAAGUGGAACGUGCGCACGUGAGACUCCAGGAGAAUCCGGACAAGUGGAGCGAGUGGCACCGCAGGUUCGGUGAACUCUCGGCCUGGAUCUCGUCCCAGCACAGAGACGGAGAGAGCCUCGGCGUGCAGGUGAGCUGGAACUCGUGUAGGAUCGCUACGGUUUCCAUAGCGACAGCACGUUCGGAGGGACUAUUCGUACGGCCGACGCUCUACACACACAGAUUCGAAAACGCGUGUAUGUGUGUGUGGAUGCAGCGUGAGGUGCAGAGGGCUCAGGAGGACGCCCUGUCCUGGCUCACGGCUCGUCUGGAGGUGCUGGAGGAGCUGAGCACUGACGCCGAAGCCGUGACUCGGAGGAUGGCGCUGGACGAGCUGGCGCACACGCUCACCACCCUGCUGUCCUCUCUAGAUGAAGCGAUGUCUCUAGAUGGGAACAGUGAGAGAGGAGAGGAGGAGGAGGACGUGCUUCAGACGCAGGAACACAGCCGAAUCCUGAAUGCAGACAGCGUAGCGGCAGCCAGGCAGCCGCUUCUGAUUCAGCAGCCGAAGUCCCAGCAGAAGAGAAAAGGAUGUCCGGGUGAAGCAUCGUUUCUUGGUGAGGAGAACAGAGAAGAGUGCAGCUGGGCAGCACAAGAUAAACAUCUACAGGCCACCGUGAGCGCGUGGCAGGAGAUCGAGCUGGACCGAGAGGCCGUGUGGCAGUUCGUGUGCAGCGUGACUCCUGUCCUGCAGGGAGAGUUGAUAUUCAGCAGCCUGGAAAACCUCACCGAUCACCUGGAUUAUGCUCGCGAGCUUCAGACACAGACUGGCGUGUUCAUCGAGAAGACCGAGUCACUGAUGAGAAAGGCGUCUGAGAUUCAUUCGGGUUCGGAGAGCUAUUCUGUGCUGCGUGAGCAGGCGAGAGCGGCUCAGAGGAGAGUGCAGGACACACAGGACCGGCUCGGGAAAACGAUAUCAGAGCUUGGUGAGAUGCAGGCACGAUGGCAGCAUUUCAGCCGUGAGUCAGAAGCACUCUCCUCCUGGGUGUGUGAGAGAGAGAAGGAGCUGGAGGCUGUAGACGGCAACACUGCUGCCUUGGAACGACAGAUUCACGCUGUGGAGGUGAUGGAGGCAGGUUUAGAGGAAAAGAAGGACAUCUUGAGUCAACUAGAGGCGGAGUCUCGUGCUCUGACUCGUUUCGUCACUCCUGCAGAGGCAGAGCAUAUUAAAGCUCGUUUAAUGCAAAUCAGCACUAACUGCGAGGAGCUUACAAACAGCGUGAAGCGGCGAGGGGCGGAGCUUCGGGCCAGCUUGUCGCAUAAACUGAAGUUAUCUGAGGAUAUGGAUGAGGUUAAAAGUGCGCUCAGAGAUCUGGCAGAGAAGUUGAAUAAACCAGUUACAGGCUGCACAUCAACAUCCGGGACGUACCAAGCUCUUCAUGAGCAUAUGGAUGCAUGGCAGGCUCUUAAACUCCUGCAGCCCAAACUGGUGUCACUGAGCCUGGGUUUGAGAAGGAUAUCUAAUAAAGAUCAGAUGGAGAAAGAAGUAUCAGACCUCCAGCAGGCUCAUGUACAAUACUCUAAUAAGGCUGCCAGGAAACAAGCCAAACUGGAGGACCUGUUGACUCGGUGGCAGCAAUAUGAAAGAGGACUCUCGGUUCUCCAGGGCUGGUUGGACAGUUCGGAGAACCUCUGUAAAUCCGAUACUCCAUACCUGAUCACGGAUAAAGCCAAACUCCACAGCCAGCUACAAACACUCCAGGACCUGCAGAGUGAGGUUCCCUCUCAAGAGUCUUUGCUGGAGAAGUUGGAGACCCAGGCCAAGUUUCUGUACCCCGUAGCAUCAGAGGAACGAGUGGGAGAACUGACAGAGCUUCACUGCAACCUGGAGGAGAGGUGGUGUUCUCUCAGUGUGAGCAUCCCUCUCAGGAUUCAAGAACUUCAGGCACAUCUUUCUCAGCUUGAGCAGUUUAACCAGGUCCUAAUGACCCUCACUCAGUGGAGUGAAAACUUCCUCAGGCAGCUGAGAUACAGGUCCAAAGUCACCAUUACUGACUUGACAUCUUUUUGUACCCAGAUCAAGGAUGAUGAAACUCUUCUUCAAACCCAAAGCAAAGCAAUGGAGGAACUGAAGAAGCACAUGGAGGGAUUAAGUCCUUCCUUGGCUCCAUUGGAUAUUCACCGAUUACAGGCCAAACAAGAAGACUGUCUCCAGCCCUUCUCAGAGGCUAAGAGUCUUCUGCAGAACCGUUCUGAGGCUCUGGUUAAACUUGAGACCUUCUUGGUGACGUAUAGGUCCACCAACAGUUCACUCCAGACCCUGCAGAGAGCCGUAGGACAGGCAAACUGGGACCAAACCAAGGAUAGGAACCUGAACCAGGAACUAGAGCAGUUGUCCCAGGGGUUAGCCUCAGUGGAGGUGCAGGCUAUAAGUCUGGACAGCAGUCUGAACAAGGCAUAUCUACACCUGCACGGGACCGAUGGGGACAGGACGUCCUGCCGGGGGCUGGUGGAGGAUCUGGGAUCGGGACUGCAGCAGAUUCAGAGGAGCAUGGGGACAAGGCAGAGCGAGGCCGAAGCUCUAGGAGCCAUGUGGAGCUCCUUUACGAGAAGAAAGGAGCUGCUUUUGAGGAGCCUGACGGAGCUGGAGGAUAGAGCCAGAAAACCAUGGUUUCCAGAACCAAGCACACAGAAAUUCCAACAAAGACUGUGGAUGCUGAACCAGUUGGAGGAGGAGCUGGAGGCUCUGCAGCACAGUCAGCUGUGGUUAGGCGAGAAAGGCGAGCAGUUGGCUCACAGAGACCCUGAGAAGGUCGGGGAGACCCGGCGGGAUGUGAGCCUUGUCCAAACCAGCUGGGAGAAAAUUACAAACGUCAUCUCAGAGGAGCAGGAGAAGUGCAGAGUGCUGGUGGAGAUGUGUAAGGAUUACCAGACUCUGAAGUCCAAACUCGGUUCGGUUCUCGAAAGAGCUCAUGCCGUCACCGGUACCCGGUCUGUCCAGCACAGCCCUGAGGACAUCCGGAGAUCCCUGAACCGGCUGGAGGCGGUGAGGUCAGAGUCGGCAGGCGCUCGGGACGACCUCGAUUUGUUCAUCUGUAAAAGCAAAUCCUUCAUCGGCGAGCUGAGGAACCUUCCAGAAGACAUCGCGGAAGCAGUCCGCGUGGAAACGGACACUAUUGUGGAGCAGUGGAUGGAUACAUCAGCGAGGAUGGAAACCGAAGCGGGUCGUCUUACGUCCGCUCUCGAGUUAUGGAACGAGGUUCACUCGAUCGUUAACGACGUCGAGUGUUGGAGCGCCACCUCGGUCAGCGAGCUCGGUGACGGACCCGUGAACGUCUUAUCCAGUUCCAACAUGGAGGACUGCCUCUGUCAGUUUAAGCUGGAGAUCGAGAGCAAAAAGUUGCUAAUGGAGACCCUGCAAGGAAAGGUUACCGAGCUACAGGAAGUGACGAAGGACCAGCAAACUGACAGCGAGCUCCAGGCGAUGGCAGCUGAUCUGAGGAAGAAGAUCUUCCAUGCUGAAGAGGUUUAUGAGCAGGCCAGGUCCAUCCUGAGGGACUUCAGCUGUCAGAGCCGGCAACUCCAGGACGUGAUUUCCCAGAUGGCUGAACAGCUGGACACCGUCGAGAGCACAUUGUCAGAGCUAUCGCAGUCAUCUGACCCAGAAAAUGUGCCCAAGAUAAAGGAGCUCCAGAAGACUCUGAAGCAGGUGGACGGCGGUUUGGACGUGACGGCCGAGUCUCUGCGAGUGCUCUGUAGAGCUUACCCGGCUCGGCAGCUGACCGCUCUGGGUGAGAGCGUCACCGAGCUGGUGAAGCGGAGCGAAGCGGCCGCUCGGCGUUCCGACCGGAUCCUCCGAACGCUACAGGAAACGCUCCUGCACGGUUUUAACGAACUCGCACAGGAUUUCCACACUUGGCUCUCGGAGCUGAGAGCAGGUACAGAGGAGUGCUCUGACGACGCAGGAGACGUUCCUGACGUUACCGCUCUGCUGCACAGGCUCAAGGUGUCUCUGGAGCAGGUCAGAGAGGGUGAGGAACGCCUGAACAGACUUCAUGAAGAAGAAGAGAAGCUCCUUACACACCUGUCUAGAUCUGCGGCUGGAGGGGUGCUGGAGCGUCUGGCCUCGUGUCGGCAGGCGCUGGAUGGAUUUACCGUGGCCUGCAGACAGAGAGUGCGGUGUUUAGAGGAGAGCGCCGCCCUACAGGACGGGUUGGAGGUGUGUGUUGACGAGUUGAGAGGCUGGCUGCGGGAGAUGGAGGAAAGCCUGCAGAAAGAGGUAGCUCUGUGUGGAGCGAGCCAGCCAGGAGUCCCUGAUUUCUCCAUACAGCUAAAGAGAGUGGAGGAAAUCCACAAAGAGCUGCUCGCAAGAAGCCUUGGUUUCCGAGUUCUGUAUAUCUGUGUACUUCCUUGUUUUUCCAUUUAUUGCCCUGUGUUAAGCCUGUCCUUAAUAAAACACACCCCGAGCACCCGCACUUGCAUCCUGCCUCUACUCACCGCACGUAUUACUCUCCUGUUAAUCAAAUUAAUGCCACCUUUGGGUGAAAACCAGCACUGCAGGCUGAACACUGUAUUCAUUUUAUUGUCAACAGAUCAAACAAAAGAAAGCAUCCUGAAACGCUGUGUAUUUGUUCUCAGGUCAUCUCUGGAGCGUCUGUAUCAAGCCUCUCUACCCCUGUCCGAGGUAAACAGCGUCCCAGCCGAGCUGCUUUCUUCCCAUCAGGCUCUGCUUCAGGAGGCAUGGACUCGACUGCGCCACCUGCAGGAGUACCAGGCCUUCGGGGAGGCGCUGAGGGCGGUGGAGGACUGGCUGGAGGAGGUGAAGGGCAGGCUGGAAAAGCUGGAGAGCACCGAGGGGAACAAAGAGGAGGUGGAGGAGAGACUGGAACGAGUGCAGGAUAUCCUGUUAAUGAAGGGUGAGGGAGAGGUAAAGCUGAACAUGGCUGCUGGGAAGGGCGAGCUUGUCAUAAAAAGCAGCGGAGACGGGGGACAGGAAGUGAUCAGUUCUAAGCUACAGGAAGUGGAGGACGCCUGGGCGCAACUGCUCUUGAGGGCUAUGAGCUGCCACAGCCGUCUGGAGUGGACCGUGAGUCAGUGGGGGCUGUUUGUGGAGUCUCAAUCUCAGCUCAGGACCUGGUUGGAGGAGGUGGAGGCCGAGGUUAAAGGUCCUCUGGAGCCUCAGCUGGGUCUCCGAGAAAAGAGGCAGCAGCUGGAUAGACUGUGCCUUCUCUCGGCCGACGUAGAGGACCACCAGGGGGCGCUGUGUUAUUUAGAGGAGAGCGCCGCCGAGCUGUACAAGCGCACCGGAGACCCGGCGUUCAAGGAGGAGGAGACCGCUCAGCUCAGGGCGCAGUUUGACGAUGUCAGAGCCGCCGCAGAGGAGAGAGUCCGUCUGUCAGAAGGUGUCGUUUUCGAGCACGAGAAGUACAUGGCGACGGUGAGAGAGCUCACCGAUUGGCUAAUGUCCAAAGGGGAGGAGCUUCAAAGGUGUUCCGACCCAUCCGGUGACUCCGCCUCGGUCGAGAGGAAGCUGAUGGAAGUUCGGGAGCUGGUGGCGCAGGGAGCGCGCGAGGGGCGCGAGCGUCUGCGGCGCGUGCGGCUGAGCGCGGAGAGCGCGUGCAGGCUGACGGCGGCGGCGGGCUGCGAGCUCAUGGACGGAGAGGUGCUGGCGCUGGCGCGCGCCCUGCGGCAGUGGGAGGGGCAGGCGCUGAGGGCGCGCGACACCCUGGAGAACGCCGUCACGGUGGCGACCGGGGCCGAGCGCGAGCGGCUUCGGCUCGCCGAACAGCUCGAGGAAGACACGGGGCGUCUGGAGCGGCAGCUGAGGGAGUGGAGCGACGGGCUGAAGCGCUCCGAGAGGCGGAACAGCGGCGCCGAAGCGGUGGAGGGCUGGACCGUCGCUAAGGGCGUCCUGGAAGGCCUACAAGCGGUUGAAGUCAUGGAGGAGAAGCUGAAAGCUGAACUCAACGAGCUGUGUGGGUUUUCCAGUGAUCUGGGCGCUCAGUCAGAGCGGGUCAGCGCGCUCAUCAAACUGCACAACAGUCUGAGUCUGCGAGCGGCUCGUGAGUGUCAGAAUAAGGAGAAGCUGCUGGAGCAGCGUUUCCGCUCGUCUCUGCGGGAUUUCCGUCAGUGGCUGGUCAACGCCAACAUCUCCACGGCUAAAUGCUUCGACUCUCCUCACAGUAUUCUGGAAGCUUCCACCAGCCUCCAGAGGAUUCAGGAGUUCCUGAGUGACAGCGAGCAGGGCCAGGCCCGAUUAAACGGCGUGCUCUCCCACGGGGAUCGGCUCGGCGCCGUGGUGUCCGCUGACAGGGUGGAGGCGGUCAGGGCUAAAGCCAACGCCGCCAAGGAUGACUGGAGGAACCUGAUGGACAACCUGAAGCAGAGAGAGACCGUUUUACAGGGUCUGCAGUGUCAGAUGCAGGAGUUCGAGGCGAGUGUGGAGCCUCUUCAGGACUGGAUCAACAGAACAGAGAUCAGUGUACAGGAGAGCAGCGCUCGUCUUCACGAUCUCCCCGCUAAGAGACUGGAGCUGAGCAAACUGCAGUCGGUGUUGGAGGAGAUGGGCUCCAUGGAGUCGGAGCUGGGAACGCUGAGAGAGCGAGCUCACAGCCUGUGGGAAGGUCAGGCCGCUGGCAAAGGCUUCGUGCACCGGGUCUGUCAGCUCGCUGCGCGCUACCUGGCCCUGAGCAACCGCACUAAGGAGAAGGUCUCCAGAGUGGAGCGUGUAGUGGGGGAGCAUCAGCUCUUCUCCCAGGGCUUACAGGAACUUCAGAGCUGGGUUUCAGAAGCCCGGCAGAUCCUCGAGACCUGCCGAGCUCCCACCGCUGACAAGAGCGUGCUGCUUACCAGAAUGAGCCAGCUCGAGGAGCUGUUGGCGGCACGCCAGGAACGGGAGAUCCAGCUGAAGAUGCUCAUCACCAGAGGAGAAGCGGUGCAGAGGAACACCUCGGCCGAGGGGGUACCUGUGGUUCGGAAACAGAUCCAGGACCUGAAAGACUCCUGGGACUCGCUUCUCUCCGCCUCGAUUCAGUGUAAAAGCCAGCUGGAAGGCGCGUUGUCUCACUGGACCAGCUAUCAGGAGGACGUGAGCCAGUUCGAGGGCUGGCUGGAACGAGUGGAGGAGAGUCUGGGGAACUCGGAUAAACACUACACCGAGAUGAGGGAGAAGACGGCGAAUUUACGCAAGGCGAAGCUGCUUUAUGAGGAAGUGCUGAGUCACACGAGCCUGUUGGAGACCAUCGCCACGAAGGGCUCCAACCUCCCCGAGCACUCGGCCACUCAGCAGGAGGUACAGAAGCUCAGCGAGCAAUACGGAGCGAUCAAGGACAAAGCCAAGGCCGCUGUCGGGAAGGCGGAAGAGCUGGUCCUGGUCCAUCAGGAGUACCAGCGAGGUCUGCACAUGUUCGAGGACUGGCUGGAACAGGAGCAGAGCAACCUGGGUCUCCUUUCACCCCUGGAUGGGGAUGUGAACACACUGGAGAAGACCCUGAAAGAUCUGCACAUGCUCCAGUCACGUUGCUCCGAGGGCCACGCCUUGCUGAAGUCAGCUCUGUCCAGCCGGGAGCGGGUGAUCCCUUGGGGCGUCCCUCAGAUCGAGGACAGGGCGUUGGAGACGGCGCAGAGAGAGUGGCAGGCGUAUCAGGACAGGCUGGAGAACACUCGAGCCAGCCUGGAGCAGACGCUCGUCAGACUGCAGCAGCUGGAGGGACGCUUCCAGAGCCUGGACCAGUGGCUGGUAGACAUCGAGCUCAAAGUCAGGCUGAGGAGCCACAGACGCUCCGAUUGUGCUGCUAAAGAUCUCCAGCUACAUCAGCUGCUGCAGUGGCAGGUGGAGGCAGUACAGAAGCAGUGUGAGAUGGAGGCUCUGAGUGCUUUAGCUCAGCAGGUUGUGGAAGACGCCCAUGUCAGCGCCCGGGUCAGCGCCCGGGUCACUCAGCUCACCACCCGCUACCACGCCCUCCUCCUGCGCAUACAGGAGACCAUCCGACAGCUCCAGGAGGAGCUGAGGAGCAUCGGGGAAGCUCAGGACGCUCUCAGGACCUUCUCCGAUUGGCUGAGUGCGACGACGUCGGGUUUUAAGGCAGCCAGCGAAAGCGAGCAAGCCCCGGACCGGGCGUCUCUGGAGAGAAAGAUGAAAAAGCUGGAGUCUCUACAGCGCGAUGUGGACGAAGGCCACGCCCUGUUUAAGACCCUCUGCGAGAAAGCGGAGCAGGCCGUCUCCUUCCUGGACGACAGCGGAGCGUGUAAGAUGGAGAGGGAGGUCCAGGAGAGCCGAUCUCGGCUAGAAGAGCUCGGCCUGGGGUUACGAGCCGAGCACGGCGCCACGGAGAAGAGCACCAUGCUUUAUAAAGAGUUUCAGGAGCGUUAUAAGACCCAGCUGCAGUGGCUGAGAGAGACCCGAGCGCUGCUCGGCUCGUCUGCAGAACCCAAAGCGGAGCUCUACCAGAGAAAAGCCCAGCUGGCGAAGUACAAGGUGAUGGAGCAGUCUCUGCUGUCCCGGGACUCGGCUCUGAGUGCCAUGAUGGAGAAAGGGAAGAUCCUGCUGUCUCUCCUCCACUCUCCCUCCAUCACGGAGAACAUGGACAGACUGCAGAGCGACUAUCGGGAGCUGUGUAACACCGCGAGGACCCAGGUGCAGAAGCUGGAGGCUCAUGUAAAGAAACAGGAAGAGUAUCACACCGAACUCCAGGAAGUGGAACGGUGGCUGCUGCAGAUGUCCAGCCGGAUGGUGACCCCUGACCCCACUCCGGGCGGCGGGCUGGAGGCAGCAACGCAACAGCUGGCCAGACACAAGGCCAUCAUGGAGGAGAUUGCAGGCUUUGAGGAGCGUCUGGCGGGGCUGAAGGAGAGAGGAGACGAGCUGACGUCUGGCUGCACUGAGCGCCUCCAGGCUCGUCUUCGCCAGCAGAUCCAGAGCCACCUGCAGGGAGCACGAGACAGCUACUCGGCCAUCUGCAGCACGGCACAGCGUGUGUAUCAGAGUCUGGACAGGGAGCUGCAGAGGCAUGUUAGCCUGCGAGACACACUGCAGCAGUGUCAGACCUGGCUAUACAACAUACAGGAGGAACUGCAGCCGCCUGCGCAAACGCCACGCUACCUGGAGGAGGCGCUGACCCAGCUGAAGCAGGAGCGAGCUCUUCAGGAGCAGGCCAGUACGUACCUGCAGCUGAUCUGCUCCACCUGUGACCUGUCGGAUGAGAAGGUGCAGGAGACCGCCGCGGAUAUCCAGCAAGUCAAAAUCCAGGUUGAGGAAAGGAUGCUCGAAUCCCAAGAACUGGCAGACAGCUGGAGGGAAAUCGAGAGCCUGCGUUCCGAUCUGGAGUCUCGUCUCCGAGAAGCUGAACACUUUCUGCAGAACAUGCUGAGAAGACCAGCAGAUCUCGAGCCAAUGGUCUCUCAGAAUCAGCUGGACCAGGCUCAGGACUUCAUCCAGGAGAUACAAGCCAGACAGGCUGAUCUUACCAGCCUGAGAGAGAGCGUUGGUAGGCUGGUGCCAUCCCAGGAUUCACCUGAGCUGGUGGAAAUAGGUCGUCUGCGCAGAUCUUGGUUAGAGCUUGCAAAGCAGGCUGCAGAGCUGUUGGAGCAAAGAGAGGAGGAUCUUCAGAGGAGUGGGGAUUAUCAAGAGUGCUUCAGCAUGGCAGAAGAGCUGUUUGAGCAGUUGUCCAAGGAAUGGGAUUAUCUGUUCAGGGGGGAUAUGGAGAGCACUGCAGGGUGUUUAGACGCCUUGAAGAAGCUCUCCAUCGAUCUUCAGGACCAGAGGUGUGUAUUAGAAGACUUGAGGGAUAACAAGAAUGCAAUCCUGUCACGCCUUAGUCUCGAGGACAAGGACCUUGUCAAGGAGCAGGUAGGUUACCUGGAGCAACGCUGGACCCAAAUGGAAAUGCAGGUUGAACAGAAGAUACAGGAUACCGUUCAAACCCUUGAAGAAUUGAAUCAUUUAGAGGACCAGUUACGUGAAACCCAAGAGUGGGCUGAGGUGCAGCGACCAUCUCUUUCUGACGUGCUGAAAACCAGCCCCCCUCCGGACCUUGCUCAGAGCUUUUUAUUUGACCACUUGAGCUUUUGUGCGGAGCUGGAGGCUAAGCAGCAGUUCAUUAAUCAAUCUGUGUCUGAGGCUGAUGGCCUUUAUUCUCAUCUGGGAUUAAAUGAGAAAAGGAGACUGCAGACCUUGGUGCAGGACGUUCAAGCAGAGGUAGAAUCUCUUGGCUCGAAGGCAGCUCACCACCGCAAAAGCCUUAGUAAAGUAUUCACAGAGCGGACACAGUUCCUCCAGGCCUUGGACAGGGCUGCUGGAUGGAUCAAACAGCAAGAACAAAGGGUUCUAGCAGAUGAGCAUGUGGCACUUUUGCCAGAUGAGCUCUCCAAACAGGUGUCUAUUUGCAAGAACAUAUGUAGCAGCCUGAGGGCGUAUCAAGUGGAACUGACCUCGCUUUGGACACAAGGAAGGGAACUGGUAAAGGAUACAACAGAGGACGAGAAGGUGGAGACCCUUCAAAGGCUUGAGGAGCUUCAGGGAACUUUUGAAGCUUCCCUUCAAAGGUGCACACAUCAUUUGCAGCACCUGGAGAGAGCCCUGGUUAUUCGAAAAUACUUCAAAGUAGACCUGGAUAGAAUCUGCGAGUGGUUGAGACAAGCAGAAGCAGCCACAUUCCCUGUAAUAGACCUCAACAGGAAUGAUGUGGAGCUGCACAACCAGUUAGCUAAAUACCAGCAGAUUUUGGAUCAUACCUCAGCAUACGAGAACCUAUUACUUAUUGUCCAGAGGGCAGGACAGGAAAUUCUUCCCACCUUAAAUGAGGUGGAUCACUGCUACCUGGAUGAGAAACUUAACGGCCUUCCGCAACAAUACAAUGCCAUUCUUUUGUCGACCAAAGAAAAGCGAGACAGGAUCCAACGAGUGAUUCUGGAACGCAGGGAAUUGGAGUCCCUCGUUGAAGUGACACGUAAAGCUUUGGAGGAACUUCAGGAGCAGUGUGAUGCCUUAGAGAAACAAUCAACUAGUAGAAAUCUUGACGAUGGGGAAAGGUUACAUGGUGACUAUGAAGAGAUCCAGAAACGCCUUUCAAACCUUUUACAGGCAAUGAAUGAGCUGAAGAGUAAAACUCAGGACUUCCACUGCACAGGACAACCAUAUACACGUGAGGUCAUUGACCAGCUAGCAUGUCUUUAUAGCAGACUUUGUCAAGCAACAAAGGAAAAGGUUAACCAACUCAACCGUACUUUGAAUGUAUUAAAUGACUACAGGGCCACAAUCGCAAAAAUGGAUAGUGGCAUCAAUGCAGUCAAGGAGCAUGUGGACAAACUUAAUUCCGAGAAGCAGUUAGAUGCCAUGGAGAGAUUAUCCAAACUGCACAAACUGGCCAAAGAGCUAGACGAGAUUACUUCUUAUUCUGAAGGUCUGACUGGGAAGAUAGUGGAGUUCAACCAUGAUACCCUUAAGACUCAGGUUUCCAUGAAGGAGACGCAGCUUCAGGCCUUGAAAUCAAACAUUUUCAAAUGCAUAGAAGAAUGCGAACAUUGUGCUAAGUCGUGUGUUGGGGCUGAGCCUAGCUUCCAGACUGAGAUCAAAGAAAACUUGGUGUGGCUCAAGAUGGUUAGAGAAGAUCUCAGAGGUUUGUUUACUCUUCAGGAAAUAGAUGUUUGUGGUGUCCAGGAUGAGAUCAGAUCAGUAGAUGCACUUCAGAGAGAAAUGAAAUCUAGGCUCCAGUUGCUGAAAGUUUUAAGCCAAAAUGAGAGGCAAAGGUACAAGACUGCCGAACAGCCAUUCCCCAGUGACAUGGAGACCUGUUUGAAGGAUAUUGCAGACUUGGAGAGCGAGGUUCAGGAAUCCCUCUCAACCAAACAGGUGGUCUUGCAGUCAGCACUAUCCUUGCUACAAUUGCACCAAAGUGCCUUGAAAUCUACUUGCCAGUGGUUUGAAGACGCCGAUGCGGUCCUAAAGCAGAAGAACCAGAAACUAGAAUUGGAAGACCUUACAGAGAGCCUCAAGGAACUUAAACAAGUUUUGACCCAAGAACCGACUAUAAAGAAGGCGAUUCAGGAUAUCGAGGACGUUCUCCCUAAAAUGGUGGACUUUGUUGAUUCUGAUGUCAUUAUGAAACACAAAGAAGGCUAUAAGACCAUUUGUCAAAGGAGUACUGAGCUCAUGGAGCAGCUGAGAUGUCACCAAGAAACUUUAAACGGAUGUUCAACUCAGUGGACGUCAUUUAAGAAAGAUAGAGAAGGACUUAUAAGUGACCUUAGUGAAUUUGAGAGAAGAUUGGCUGGGUUUAGCACGGCAAAAUCGAGCUCUCUCCAAGAGGCUGAGGACAAACUUCGUUUUCACCAGGACGUGGUGUUCCAACUGGAGGCUUGUCAGGAUAAACUGACGAACCUGAAAGGACAGUCGGAGCAGUUUGAUCUGAAGUCUGUGUCCAGUGCUGCAGUUUCACGUUCAGUCUGUGCACUUUCCCAGCGAUGGUCUCAGUUAACCAGUGUAGCUAAAGCACAGGAGAAGGCUCUUAAGGACACAGUGCAUGACUGGAGACGCUUCAUCGAGAAGCUGGAGAAGAUGAGGUCCGUGUCGGAGGACCUGCACAGCCGAGUUCCUGACAGCGUGGUGGAGAAAGCAGCCAGCACCGUGGCCCUACACAACCUGUUAGAGUAUCACGACUCCUUUAGCCGAGAGGUGGAGAGAGAGAACAGCGCCCUGACACUCCUCAGACACCACGCCCUCCACCUGCUCCUCCACUCUGAUACUGCAGGACUAAAGACACCCAGCGACCAGACCAGCUGUAUCAGCAACCAAACAACCAGGCUUGGAAAGCUGUUGGCCACGCCCGUCAGGCAACAGACCACGCCCAUCAAGCAGCAAACCACGCCAAGCAAGCCACCAACCUCAACCAGCAACCAAUCAACCGCACCCACUACACAGCCAGCCAUGCCCAACAACCACUUGGACACACCUAGCAAUCAAACAGCCACGCCCAGCAUACAGCUAACCACACCCACUACACAAUCAACCACGCCCACUACACAGCCAGCCAUGCCCAACGACCACUUGGACACACCUAGCAAUCAAACAGCCACACCCAGCACACAGCUAACCACGCCCACUACACAGCCAACCACACCCACUACACAGCCAGCCAUGCCCAACAACCACUUGGACACACCUAGCAAUCAAACAGCCACGCCCAGCAUACAGCUAACCACGCCCACUGCACAAUCAACCGCACCCACUACACAGCCAGCCAUGCCCAACGACCACUUGGACACACCUAGCAAUCAAACAGCCACACCCAGCACACAGCUAACCACGCCCACUACACAGCCAACCACACCCACUACACAGCCAGCCAUGCCCAACAACCACUUGGACAUGCCUAGCAAUCAAACAGCCACACCCGGUACACAAUCAACCACGCCUACCACACAGUCAACCAUACCCACUACACAGCAUGCCACACCCAACAACCAUUUAGACACGCCUAGCAAUCAAACAGCCACGCCCAGCACACAGCCAACUACGCCCAGCAGCCACUUAGACUCACCUAGCACACAGCCAGCCACACCCAAAUGCCAAACAACCACACCUAUCAAACAUCUGGCCACACCCACCAAGCAGGCCAAUAAACCCAGCAGUGAAGAUGCUUUCUGUCUGCAGGAGAUUCAGGCAAUGCAGGAGAAAUACGAGAGCCUGCUACAGAAAGUGUGCGUGAGCCGGCAGCAGGUGCAGGUGGAGCUGCUGGAGCGAGAGGAGGUGGAGAGGGAGCUGGGACUCGUUAAAGGCUGGAUCCAGGACACACAGGGCCUGUUACUCAGCCCUACAGCUGACCUGGACACCCUGCUCUCUGACCUAGAGACGGCUCACGGCGGUGUUCAGUCUCAGCGGCAAGCUCUGGAGCAGAUCGCGGAUCGCCAGCAGAUGAAAUACAAAGACCUCCAUGCCACUGUUCCCUCUGAGAUCAGCACCCAGCUGGCACAGGUCACACUGGCACUGGGCUCGGCAGAGGACCAGGUGCAGAUCCGAGAGAGAGAAGUACAGCACAGUAGAGAUGUUAAAGAAGACUUUACUGCCAGACUGAAGGACAUCUCAGAGAAAGUCUGCGCCAUCUCUGUGAAACUGAAGCAGAAGAGCGUGGAUGUAGAAGAGGCCAAAGUGGAGACGAAGACUCUGCGUGAGGAGCUGGAGGACUGCUCUCAUGCUCUCUCUGAGUUGGACGUGGCCGUGCAGGAGUUCGGUGAGCAGAACCCGCUCCUGGCUCGACAGCUGGGUGCCACGCUGAGCAAACUCGCCGAGCUCCACUCUCAGACCAGCAGACUCGCUGAGGGAAGGAACACACGGAUUAAGAAGGCCGAGCAGCACUUUGAGGAGUUUAACGAGAGACUGAGCCUGAUACUGAACUGGACGGAAAAAGCCGAGACUCUAGUUUCCUCCGACAUCGUGUGGAGCCCCGCCUCCAUGAUGCAGGAGCAAAUCAGAACACACCAGGCGCUGCUGCGGGAGUGGCGGAGGCUGCAGGGCGAGAUGGAGGCGCUGAUGGAGAGAGUGGGGUUGUUGGGAGAGGUGGUGCACACUGACGCACUUCACCAGCAGGUGGCAGAGCUGAGCCAUCACGCCGAAGAGCUGCAGCAACACGCCAAAACACGCCUGCUGAAUCUACAGGACGCUGCGAAGGAUCUGAGCAGGCUGGAGAGCGAGGUGAAGAGCCUCCACCGGUCUAUAGAGAGAGUUCAGGAGACGCUGACGUCCCCGGAGCUGGCGCGCCUCAGCCUCAGAGAGCAGCUGCUCCAGAGACAGCACCUGCUGACAGAAAUGGAGGGCUUUAAGGUGCAGGUCCAGGCCGUACAGAAGUGCAUGAGCGCUCUGCAGCUGCCCGAGGACGCCGUGGUCACCUUACCCCUGUGUGUCACCGCGCAGAGUCUACAGCAGGACAGCAGCCAUCUCCAACACACCACCAUACAGCAGUGCAAUAUACUGCAGGAGGCCGUGGUGCAGUACGAGCAGUAUGAACAGGAAGUGAAGAACCUUCAGAAGAUGAUCGAGGAAGCGCAGCGUGUUAUUCAGGACCGACCCGUCGCUACGGGCAACAUCCACGAGCUCCAGACGCAGAUCCAGCACCAUGAGGAGCUGGCCCAGAAGAUAAAAGGCUACCAGGAGCAGAUCGCAGCCCUGAACUCCAAGUGUAAGAUGCUGACGGUGAAGGCCAAGCACGCCACCAUGCUGCUAACGGUCAGCGAGGUAGGGGGGCUCUCGGACGGCCUGGAGGAACUGGAGGAUGAAGAGGAGGAGAUGGCCAAACACCCCACAACACACCCCUCGGUCGUCAUGAUGACCGCGGGCCGAUGUCACACUCUCCUGUCUCCUGUAACGGAGGAGUCGGGUGAGGAGGGCACCAACAGCGAGGUCUCCUCCCCUCCGGCCUGCAGAUCCCCCUCACCCGGGCCUAACGCUGACGUCUCCCUUAACCAGGCUCCAGGAAGGGCCCCGUUAAGUCGUGCCCCUCUACAGGAGCUGUACGACCAGUCCAUGGAAUCGGCCGCCACGUCUAACCUGGAUGACUUACAGCGCUCGUGGGAAACGCUGAAGAACGUGAUCAGCGAGAAACAGAAGAGUCUGUACGAGGCUCUGGAGAGACAGCAGCACUACCAGGAGUCUUUACAGUCCAUCUCCACCAAGAUGGAGUCCAUCGAGGCUUCACUCAACGAAGGGCUAGAACCUGGAAAGAGUCCUGAGAGCCAGAUGGCGGCUCACCAGGCGCUGAUGGACGAGAUCCUGAUGCUGCAGGAUGAGAUCGGCGCUCUGCAGGCGUGUUUCUCGGAGGAGCUCCAGCGGGAUGAGGAGAGCCCCGAGCAGGAUGCCGGUGACCAGCUGGCACUGCACUCCACCCUCACCGUGCUGGGAGAACGCAUGGCCACCAUCCGCAUGAAGGCCUCGGGCAAGCGGCAGCUCCUGGAGGAGCGCCUGAACGAGCAGCUGGAGGAGCAGAGACAGGAACAGGCCCUGCAGCGUUACCAUAGCGAGGCAGAGGAGCUCGAUCAUUGGUUGCUCAGCACGCGGGCGACGCUUAACUCCGCCCUCCAGCCACAUCCAGAGGACAUGGACAUGGAGGAGCAGCUGAUCGACUGUCAGAACAUGCUGUUGGAGAUCGAGCAGAAGGUGCUGUGUCUGUCCGAGCUGUCCGUACACAGCGAGAGCCUCCUGCUGGAGGGGAAGGCGGGCAUGCGCGGAGACGCCGAGCAGCUCACGGUCAAACUGCACAGCCUCAAAGCCAGUCUGCUGGAGCUGCAGCGCAUCCUACAGGACAAACACACACACAUCCAGGGUUCUUUAAUGGAGCAGGAGGAGAGCGAGCCAGAUUCGUCGUUGUCUCAGAGCCCCAGCGUACUGGACUGGCUCAGUCAGGCUCGGUCCACUCGCAGCCAGCAGCACCAGGACACGAUGCAGAGGCAACGGGAAUUAGAGGCGCAGCUUGAGGAGCAGAGGAAGCUGAUGCAGUCUGUCGCCUGCCGAGGGGAGGAGCUUCUCUCACAGCAAACCACGCCCAAUGGAGAGAGUGCUGCAGAUCUGCAGGACAUGUCGGAUCCGGGUGAGAGUGUGAGUGUGAGCGAACAGGAUUGCAUGAGGAUGAAGUGGGAGAAUCUGAGUAAAGACCUGAACACCAAGCUGCAGCUUUUAUUCAACACCAUGCAGGAGGAACAGCUCAGCUCGGUGUAUCAGCGAUCUCGAGUGUCCAGCCCAGGAAGUCUUUUCAGAGGGGAUCAGCUCACACCGGACGUUUUUUCCCCCAGUGCUUUGUUUGAGACUUUUAACCACAAACUGGAGGAACUAGCUGAGGCUGAUGUUAAACACGCUCACACUCGGGAGAAGACUCUAUACGAGGCGGUGUGUUCAGCCUCCACCUGGCUGGACGGUGCAGAGAACAGUCUGCUCUCCGGCCCUGUGCUGCUGUCUGACGACUCGGAGAUUCAGCUGUGUCAUUUAGAGGGUUUGAAUAAGGAGGUGAAGAAUGUCAGCGAGGAGGUGCAUAAGUGUCGGGAGGUGCAGGAGGGAUGUGACGAAGGAGGUGAUGACUUGAUCGAGGAGGUCCUGGAUGGACUGGAUGAGCGACUGAGAUUGAUGGACUCACUGCUUGAGCAGAGAUGUGACAGUAUUAGAGACAGACUGAAGGAACAUACCACUUUUCAGGCCGAACUGAGGCAGUUAUUUGCCGCUAUGAGCGACUCAAAGCAUCAGCUGCUGCAGAAGAUGUGUGGAGCUGCAGAUCGUCCAGCGUCCAAGCAGCUGGAGACUCUGGCUGAGGCAGAGGACAGUCUGAGGGAGUUUGAACAGAGAGUGUGUGAGAUGAGGACUAAAGGAGAAACGCUGCAGUCAGACCCAGUGACCACACAGGAGCUGCUCAGACUACAGGACAUGUAUGAGGAGCUGGUGGAGAUGGUGGGCUCGAGGCGGAGCUCUCUGAACCAGACGCUGGUGUUGAAGGCGCAGUAUGAGAAAGCUUUACAGGACCUGCAGGAGCUCGUGGACACGGCGCAGGACAAAAUGGCCGCUGAUCAGAAGAUGACCGCAGGCUCUGUGCUCGAGGUUCAGAUCCUCCUGGACAAACACAAGGAGUUUUUUCAGGGUCUGGAGGCCCAUGUGGUGCUGACACAGGCCUUCUUCAGGCAGGUCAGUGCGGUGAUGGUGCAGAGAGAGGCUCAGAUUCUGGAGCAGACCGUAGCUCAGGCUCACACCGUCCUCAAACAGGCUCACAGGAGAGGAGUGGAGCUGGAGGGCAUCCUGGAGGAGUGGAGCAGGUUUGUUGGAGAUUAUCAGGCUCUGUAUAAGCAGUUGGAGGUGGUGGAGAGCAGCAUUCCUGCCGUGGGGCUGGUGGAGGAGACGGAGGAGAGACUGAGUGAGAGGAUUGCACUUUACCAGUGUCUGAAGAGCACUCUGGUGGAGCGCCAGCAGCAGCUCUAUCAGGUUCUAGAGGACGGGAAGAGACUGUUACUGAGUGUGUGCUGCUCAGAGCUCGAGGCUCAGCUCACUCAGCUCGGAGAACACUGGCUGAGCAGCACCACCAAAAUUAGUAAAGAGCUACAGCGCCUCGACUCCACGCUCAAACACUGGACCAGGUAUCAGAGCGACUCAGCAGAACUGGGUCAGUGGUUGUCCUCGGCUCUGGACAGACUUGAGUUCUGGAGCACGCAGUCCGUUACUGUUCCUCAGGAGCUGGAGACGGUCCGAGACCACCUGCACGCGUUCCUGGAGUUCUCUAAAGAAGUGGACGCUAAAUCGUCCCUGCGCUCGUCUGUCCUGAGCCGCGGGAACCAGCUUCUGAGACUGAAGAAGGUGGACACGGCAGCGCUCCGGACUCACCUGGGCCAAGUGGAGACACAGUGGGCGGAGCUUCUCACACGCAUCCCUGUGGUGCAGGAGAAACUACACCAGCUGCAGAUGGAGAAACUGGCGUCCCGUCACGCCAUCACCGAGCUGAUGAGCUGGAUUUCCCUCAUGGAGAACGUCAUCCAGGAGGACGAGAGCAAGAUCCUAGAAGCUGUGGGCUCGGAGGUGGUGCAGGCCUACAUCCAAAAAUACAAGGGUUUCGGGAUCGACCUGUCCUGUAAGCAGCUGACGGUGGACUUUGUGAAUCAGUCGGUGCUGCAGAUCAGCAGUCAGGACGUGGAGGGGAAGCGCAGCGAUAAGACCGACUUUGCCGAGCGUCUGGGAGCCAUGAACCGGCGCUGGCAGAUUCUGCAGGGCCUCAUCACCGAGAAGAUCACGUUGUUGGAAAGUUUACUCGAGAGCUGGUUGGAGUAUGAAAACGGAGUUCAGACCCUGAGAACCUGGAUCAGCACACAGGAGGAAAAACUGAAGAAGAAACCCAGGAUCGAGGACGUGGCGUCUGUGCAGAACCUGCUGAAAGACUGCCAGGAGCUGGAGGAGUUGGUGAAAGAGAAAGAGAAGGAUCUGGAGAAAGUGGAGGAAAAAGGAUGCUCGCUCAUCCAGGGCAAGAAAGGAGACGCCUCGGCUGUCGUCAUGGAAACGAUUAAAGGGCUAAACCAAGCUUGGACCAACUUGGACCAGAUGGUUGGCCAGGUAAAGAUCAGUCUGCGUGCCGUACUGGAGCAGUGGAGUCUGUACAAGCGAGCGUCUGAGGAGAUCCAUGGCUACCUGAUGGAGGGACAGUACUCCAUCUCGCGCCUCAGGCUCCUCACCGGUUCUCCUGAGGCUGUGCUGGUGCAAGUGGAGAACCUGGAGAGUCUACAGGAGGAGCUGGAGAAGCAGGAGAGCAGCGUGAAGAAGUUCGGAUCUCUCACCGAGCAGCUGCUGAAAGACUGUCACUGCACCGUGGCUGAUUCUCUCAACACCACCCUCAUCGAGAUCAACCACAGGUGGAACCUGCUGCUGGAGCAGAUCUCGGAUCAGUUGAGGAGCAGUAAGAACCUGCUGCAGCUGUGGCAGCGCUAUAAAGAGCUUCAUGAGAGCAGCAGUAAGGACGUGCAGAGACUGGAAGAGAGGGCAGAGUGUUUACUCAACAGCUCCGCCCACACUGAGACCACGGAACAGGAAGUGAAGACCUGGAUCCAUGACUGUGAUGACUUACUGAAGGCUCAUGGCUCGGUCCAUGCCACGCUGCAGCAGCUGACUGAUGUGGAGGAACAGCUGAGGAUGCAGGUGGAGCCGUCAUCCAUGGCAACCUUCCACACAGACUACCUGUCACUCAUCCGGCGCCUAGCAACAGUGGGACACGCCCUCCACAGACAGCAGGCUGUGAUAGAGGCGAGUGUGAAGGACUACGAGAGCUUCAGGAAGGAGCUGCAGUGUCUGAGUCAGUGGCCAGAGGAGGCGCAGGAGGUGCUGAAGGAGUCGGAUCCGGCCGCGUCUGCAGAUCUGUCCUCUGUGCAGGAACGCAUGGAGAAACUCAAGAUCCAGAUGCUGAAUCUGAGUCGUCUGUCUCCUGAUCUGGAGCGGUUAAACAACCUGGGCUACAGACUUCCUCUAAACGAUCAGGAGAUCAAAAACCUUCAGAACCUAAACAGGAGCUGGACGUCAACCUCGGCACACAGCACGGAGAGAUUCAGUAAGCUACAAGCCGUGGUGCUGCAGAGACAGAGUUUCCUGGAGAAGUGUGAGACGUGGCUCGGCUUCCUGACCCAGACGGAGGAAAAGCUCGGUGCUGAGAUCUCGGGAAAUUACCAAAGCCUGUUAGAGCAGCAGAGAGAGCACGAGCUGUUCCACACUGAGAUGUUCAGUCGACAGCAGAUCCUCUACUCCAUUAUUAGUGACGGCCAUCAGCUCCUGAAUCAGGGACGAGUGGAAGACAGAGACGAUUUUGGCCUGAAGUUGGCGCUGUUGAGUAAUCAGUGGCAGGGCGUGGUGCGGAGAGCGCAGCAGAGGCGGGGCAUCAUCGACGCGCUGGUGUGUCAGUGGCAGCGCUACAAUGAGCUCUCUGACAGACUGAGACACUGGCUGCAGGAGGCGGCUCUAGAAACGGACGAGGAACCGCAGCAGCAGCAGCAGCAAGGACGCGUCACGGCACUACAGCAGGCCCGGGGAGUUCUCGACCACAUCCAGCUGAAGGAGCGGGUGCUACAGAGGCAGCAGGGCAGCUACAUCUUGGCGGUGGAGGCGGGAAGGCAGCUCCUCCUGUCGGCCGACGCCCAGGCAGAAGCGCUGCUGCAGGAGGAGCUGACGGAGAUACAGGAGCGAUGGAGGAGCGCCAGCAUCCGUCUGGACCAGAGGAAGAAGGAGCUGCUCUCGCUGUUAAAGGACUGGGAGCAGUGUGAGAAAGGAAUUGCUGCGUCACAUGAGAAGCUGAGAGCAUUUAAGAGGAAGCUCUCUCUGCCUUUACCUGAUCACCACGAAGAGCUGCACAAUGAGCAAAUCCGCUGCAAGGAGUUAGAGGGCAGCACAGACGGUUGGGCGGACGACGUGGCCGCUCUGUGUGCGCUCAGAGACUCGCUCUCGAGCAGCCUGAGCUCCGACGACCUCACGGUCCUACAGGAGAGACUAGAGCUGCUGCAGAGGCAGUGGGAGGAGACGUGUCACCAGCUAGCCCUACGUAGGCAGCAGGUGAGUGAGAAGCUGAACGAGUGGGCAGUGUUCAAUGAGAAGAAUAAGGAGCUGUGCGAGUGGCUGACUCAGAUGGAGAGUAAGGUGUCUCAGAACGGAGACAUCACCAUCGAGGAGAUGAUCGAGAAGCUCAGGAAGGACUAUCAGGAGGAGAUCUCUGUAGCGCAGGAGAACAAGCAGCAGUUGGAGCUCAUGGGCGAGAGACUGGCUCAGGCGAGUCACGAGAGCAAAGCGGCUGAGAUCCAGUACAAACUGAGUAAAGUGAACGAGCGCUGGCAGCACCUGCUCGACCUCAUCGCAGCCAGGGUAAAGAAGCUGAGGGAGACUCUGGUGGCGGUGCAGCAGCUGGAUAAGAACAUGAGCAGUCUGCGUUCGUGGCUCACACACAUCGAGACAGAGCUGUCACGGCCCAUCGUCUACAAAACCUGCGACGCAAACGAAAUACAGAAGAAACUCAGCCAGCAGCAGGAUUUGCAGCGGGACAUUGAGAAGCACAGCACGGGCGUGGCCUCGGUGUUGAACCUGUGUGAGGUGCUGCUGCACGACUGCGACGCCUGCGCUACCGAGAGCGAGUGCGACUCCAUCCAGCAGGCCACGCGCAGCCUGGACCGCCGCUGGAGGAACAUCUGCGCCUUGGCCAUGGAGCGCAGGCUCAAGAUCGAGGAGACCUGGAGGUUGUGGCAGAAGUUUCUGGAUGAUUAUUCGCACUUCGAGGACUGGCUGAAGGCGUCGGAGAGAACCGCGGCUCUGCCCAACUCGUCCGGCGUGCUCUACACCAUCGCUAAAGAGGAGCUGAAGAAGUUUGAGGCGUUUCAGAGGCAAGUGCAGGAGUGUUUAACUCAGCUGGAGCUCAUCAAUAAGCAGUACCGGAGGCUGGCGCGUGAGAACCGCACAGACUCAUCCUGCCGACUUCGCCAAAUGGUGCAUGAUGGGAACCAGCGCUGGGACACGCUGCAGAAGAGAGUGGCGGCCAUCUUGCGCAGGCUGAAGCACUUCAUCGGGCAGCGUGAGGAGUUUGAGACGGUCAGAGACGGGGUUCUGGUGUGGCUGACCGAGAUGGACCUGCAGCUCACCAACAUCGAGCACUUCUCCGAGUGUGACGUUCAGGCCAAGCUCAAACAGCUCAGGGCGUUCCAGCAGGAGAUCGAUCUGAACACGGGGAAGAUCGGGAGUGUGUUCGGUCAGGGUGAAGCUCUGAUGGAGAAGAGCGAGCCUCUGGACGCUGCUGUGAUAGAGGAGGAGCUGGACGAGCUGCAGCGCUACUGCAGGGAAGUGUUCGGCCGCGUCGAUCGAUACUACAGGAAGCUCACACGCCUGCCGCUGGCUGACGACGAGUGUGACGGUUCAGAUCGGGAGUUUGACCUCGAUGGCUCGAGUGACCUCUCUGACCUCCAGUGGGAGGAGGGGAACUCUUUACCCAGCACCAACAGCCGGACCGCGUCCGUCAGCCCGGCGCCGCUGCGCGCUAACUGCUCGGGUCGGGAGACUCCGGCCAGCGUGGACUCCAUCCCCUUAGAGUGGGACCACGACUACGACCUUGAGCCCAUGGGUCAUACCAUGUCAUCGAAAAAGAAGGGGCGGGGCGAAGAGGACGAGGACGUUGCAUGCGGCACUACUGCAGCUCUCAAAGACGUAGUGAUUCCCGAGAGUCCUGAGGCUUAUAUAAAACUGACAGAAAGCACGCUGAGGUCCUCCUCCGGUACGCACCGAGUGUGGGGGUGUAAAAUGAACCCUGCUGACUAAUAACAUCGUAACAUCGUCUCCGGCACAACGCAUGCGGAUUCACGUCAUUUGCAUGACUCAUCGUACAGCGGUUACAUGCGUCUGAUGGGAGACUGUCGGGGCAGCAUAAACGCUCUGAAGAGAGCCGAGGGAGAACUGGAGGAGGAAGAGAGCGACCUGGAAGGAUUAAACAACCCCGAGAACGCGGAACCACAGAACACAGGUGUGAUUGAGCGCUGGGAGCUCAUCCAGGCUCAGUCCCAUAACUCCAACGAAGACCUGCUGCUAUGGCAACAGCUGACCUCUGACUUGGAGGAUAUGGAGGCGUGGCUUAGCCAGACAGAGGAGGACCUGGCUGAGCUGAAGGGGAGGGACUUGAGCACGGAUAUACACACUAUCGACCAAAGGAUCAGAAAACUCAAGGAUCUGCAGAAGGAGGUGGAUACCCAUAAGCCCACAGUGCUGUCCAUCAACCUGAGCAGUGUCAGGCUCGUCCAAUCAGACGGCGAGGAGAGCAGGAAGCUGAGGAGGAGGCUGAAGGAGAUGAACUCCCGCUGGGACCGACUGAGUAAAGCUCUGCAGCAGUGGAGAGCAGCGCUACAGGACGCGCUAAUGCAGUGCCAGGAGUUCCACGAGCUGAGUCACGGCCUCCUGCUCUGGUUAGAGAACAUCGACCGGAGGAGGAACGAAAUCGUUCCCAUCGCGACGGGACUGGACCAUCACACACUCCGAGCCCAUUACAGAGCGUUAGAGAAAAUCGAGCAGGAGUUGCGCGAGACGGAGCGCAGCGUGAGCGGCCUGCAGGAGCUGUCGGUGCAGCUGCUGGUGCAGUCGCAGGGCAGCGAGAGUCUGGAGGCGCAGGAGCGAGUGCACGUCAUCGGGAACCGCCUCCGCCUGCUGCUCAACGCCGUCACCUCCGACCUGCAGCUGCUGGAGAGACGGCUCCGGACCUCGGGAGACACACACGUGCCGUCGGCGUGGUCUGCGGUCGACGACGCGGACUCGUCCGGAUCGGCCAGUCCCGUGUCUGUGGUCAGCGUCCCUGUUCAGCAUCACACGCUACGGAGCAAAUGUAAUGUGUCAGGAGCAGCAUCCUCGGCCAGCCUGCCGCACCACAGGUCCCCCGGGGUUUCUGCGUGCGCUUCCUCUCGCUGUGGUUCCUCCGGGCCACGCGGUGGCGCUGCUGCGGCUCGCUGCCAGCCCUUCCUGCUGCGGGUCCUGCGGGCGGCUCUGCCUCUGCAGCUCCUGCUGCUGCUCAUCGUGGGUUUGGCGUGUCUGGUGCCCAUCACUGAGGAGGAUUACAGCUGCGCCAACCACAACAACUUCGCCCGCUCCUUCCACCCCAUGCUGCGCUACACCAAUGGACCCCCACCCAUUUGAGCCCACACACACGUGUCCCACAUGAGGCGGGACAAUAUGAAGUGAAUUCAUAAGACUGUCUAUUAGCCAAAGUUGAUUAUUUGAAUAUUAUCCAUGUACAGGUAAACACCGCUGCUAGUUUGAUUUUUUUAUUUUUUUUUUUAAACUUUAAAUUAUUGAUUGCAAUCAGAAGUGUAACGACGAUCUGAUCCUUAACCGAAACCCGAACGGGAUCCUUCGGGAAAAAGUUCAUCAGACUUUUUAUAGCACUGACUCGAGCGUAUUUUAAAGGUACUGCACUUAAACCGUCCAGCGACAUCGCCAACGCCGUUUGCUUACUUUGUGAAAAUUAUUUUUUCAUU